AUGGAUAGUAAAAACAAUAAUAAUAAAGCUGCUAUCGCAGCAAGCACAUAUGAAAUUGGUCGCAGUGACAGUGAUAGCGACAAUUCAACAGUUAACUCAUCUCAAAAGAUCGAUUCGUCUGAACAAGUAGUUCCUACAGACAGUGAGAAAUACUUUGCAACAGUAAGAUCAUCGGAAUCACUCUCAGUGUCGUCACAGAAACCACAGUAUUUCUCUUCAAAAUUACAUGAAUGGGCCUUUAUUUUCACUUGUCUUAUGGGUCAAUUGUUAAACCAAGCCGGUACUACUCAAUCAAUGUCAAUUAUGAACAUUAUCGCAGAGGAUUUUGGCUCCGAAACGUCGAAACAAGCAUGGUUAUUUGCAUCUUUCCCGCUGGUUUCGGGUUCCUUCAUCCUCGUGGGCGGGAGAUUUGGUGACAUAUACGGUUUGAAAAAAAUGUUGCUAUUGGGUUAUGCGAUACUUACAAUCUGGAGUAUAAUCUGUGGUUUAACUCAUUACACUCACAGCGAUGAUUUCUUUAUCGUGGCGAAGGCUUUUCAAGGGCUAGGGGUAUCAUUCAUUCUUCCAAACAUUAUAGGUCUAGUGGGCACAAUUUAUGAACCUGGAUCUAUGAAAAAAAAUAUAACAAUCAGUUUUAUUGGUGCAAUGGCUCCAUUAGGGGCCACAUUCGGUGGUUUAUUUUCAGGUAUUGUUGUAGUAAAAGAUGAUAAAAAUUGGCCUUGGACUUUCUAUGCAUUCGCAAUCGUUUCCUUCUUAGUUGGUGUGACAUGUUAUUUCUUCGUCCCAGAUAACGUCCCAACAAACACUAAUAAUCUAAAAAUGGAUUGGAUAGGUUCAGCAGUGGGUGUUGUUGGUCUACUGCUGUUUAGUUUCGUUUGGAAUCAAGCUCCAAUGGACGGUUGGGACAAGGCAUAUAUUAUCGUAUUAUUAGUCAUCUCCGUCAUCUUAAUCAUUGCUUUCUUCAUUUACGAAAUUAAUUAUGCAGAAGUUCCAUUACUUCCAAAAGCAAUCACAGGUAAUAGACACAUUAUAAUGAUCUUACUUGCAAUUUUCAUGGGCUGGGGGACAUUCGGCAUUUGGUCAUUCUAUUACUUCUCAUUCUCAUUGAAUUUGAGACACUUUUCUCCAGUUUGGACUGGUGGUGCUUAUUUUGCAUUUAUCCUUUCUGGGUUUACAAUUGCCUCAUGUGUAGGAUUUUUGAUCAAGAUAAUACGCCCAUCAAUCAUUUUAGUCAUAUCAAUUACUGGUUUCACAAUGGGUAAUCUAAUAUUCGCUGUCACUCCAGCUGAUCAAACAUACUGGAGAAAUACAUUUGGUAUGAUGCUACUAUUACCAUUAGGUAUGGAUCUAUCAUUUCCUGCCUCUUCAAUCAUAUUAAGUGAUCAGUUACCACCUGAAUACCAAGGUAUGGCUGGUUCACUAGUCAAUACCAUGGUCAAUUACUCCCAAUCAUUCUGUCUAGGAGUUGCAACAACAGUCGAAAAACAAAUAAAUUCUAGUGGAGACGACCUUUUAAAGGGCUACAGAGCUGCAUUUUAUACAGGAGUAGGUAUCGGUACAUUAGGUAUUUCCAUUGCAUCUCUUUACAUGUUUGAAACCUUUUGGACAGAUUAUAAGGAAAAAACCAAACUUGCAAAUGAUAUCGAAAGUUCUAUAGAGAGAACUGGUUGA